AUGGAUGGUUCCCAGGAACACGCUGGCCGAGUUGGACCGCAGGCUAACCCGCGCAACUCUACAGACAUUUCAUGGUUGCCAACUCAUGUUCUGCUGGCCGAACUCACGAGAAGGCAGGAUGCCACGGAACCCACGGAGAAGCCGGCUUGUGGUAGCCGAGAUAGGGGCUCGUACGACACUCCAUUGCAUAUCUUUGCAUUGGUCUUGAUAUUGACUCUGAGCACUCUGGCAUGUGGCUUCCCGUUAUUCUCCCGUCGAGCAUCGCAAAGUCGCCGUUCGAACCGCAUCAUCUUUCUAUGCCAGCACUUUGGAACUGGUGUGCUCCUCGCUACUGCCUUUGUCCACUUGCUUCCGACUGCGUUUACCUCAUUGAACGAUCCAUGCCUGCCGUAUGUGUUCAGCGAGGGCUACCGGCCCAUGCCCGGCCUGAUUGCCAUGGUGUCUGCUCUCGUCGUAGUUGCUUUGGAAUCCUACCUCACUACUCGAGGCGCCGGUCACUCCCAUAACCACGCGCACGUAUGGGAUUCGGACGACGAAGGUGAGCAGGUACAGGGCCAUUUGCACACAAACGGCAAUGCCCGCGGGCUUGCAGCGAAACGGGCUUCAAGUCAUAGGCCCACCGACAUUGCGCUACAGGAUUUCGGUGAUCGGGACGGCCUCAUGGCCGGAGUAUCACCGCUACCCGGCUCUACCCCCCUCUCCGCUCCUGCUUCUGGCGCGAAUCUAUUAUCAAAGAACCAAGAUCACGAUGAUGAGGACGACCUCGAUAUUGACCUUGAUGAGCUUGAUCCAAGAGCCGAGGACGACGAACGGCCGCUUGCUGGAAAUGCGGCCCAAAAUAGGUCGGAACCCCCGACUCCCGGAACCCACAGCCCCGAGGAACAAAAGCGACUCAUGCUUCAAUGCUUGUUGCUGGAAGCAGGAAUUCUGUUUCAUUCGGUAUUUAUUGGCAUGGCUGUAUCAGUGGCUACAGGUCCUCCAUUCAUUGUCUUUCUGAUUGCAAUCGCGUUCCAUCAGACAUUUGAGGGCCUCGCUUUGGGUUCCCGAAUCGCUGCCAUUCAGUUCCCAAAACACUCGAUCAGGCCAUGGCUCAUGGUUCUUGCCUACGGAACAACGACCCCUAUUGGCCAAGUCAUUGGCUUGAUUGUUCAUAACAUGUACGAUCCAAUGUCACAAACUGGUCUCCUCAUGGUUGGCUUCAUGAACGCCAUUUCGAGCGGACUGCUUUUGUUUGCUGGCUUGGUACAAUUACUCGCGGAGGACUUUUUGACCGAGAAGAGCUACAAGACGCUCAAGGGCAAGCAUAGAACGCAUGCCUUUCUGGCCGUGGUAAGCGGUGCGGCACUCAUGGCCCUCGUCGGGGCAUUUGCUUGA